AUGAAUCUGGCGACGGGGGCCAUGGGCUCCCUGCUUCCCAAGCUGCUCGAGCUCCUCAAGGAGGAGUACAAAUUGAAGAAGAAGGUUAGGGAAAGUGUCGAGUCUCUCGAGAAAGAGAUGAAGAGCAUGUACGCUGCCCUCCGCAAGGUGGGCGAAGUGCCACGUGACCAACUCGACGAGCAGGUCAAGCUCUGGGCGGGGGAGGUGAGGGAGCUCUCCUUUAACAUGGAGGAUGUCAUUGACAAGUUUCUGGUGCGUGUUGAUGACGGCUCUGAGCCUGUGGCCAACUCGAACAAGAUCAAACGGCUCACCAAGAAAAUGACCGGCUUGUUCACCAAGGGGAAGACUCACCAUGAGAUCGCAAACGCCAUCAAGGACAUCAACAGGCAAGUCCAAGACGUUGCUAGCAGGCGUGUGCGGUACAAUGUCGACAAUAUUGUUGCUAUGCCUGCAGCGGUGACUCCCAUCGAUCCUCGCCUUCGGACUCUGUACACUGAAGUGACAGAGCUUGUUGGCAUUGCUGGGAAAAGGGAUCAAGAGCUAAUGAAGUUGCUUUCAGAAGGAGACGACGAGUCCAAGAAAAAAUUGAAGAUUGUCACUGUUGUCGGAUUUGAAGGAUUAGGCAAGACCACUCUUGUCAAAAUGGUUUAUGACAAGAUUAAAGGAGAAUUUGAUUGCCGAGCUUUUGUUUCUGUUGGUCGAAAUGCUAGUGCAAACAAGGUUUUGAUGGAUAUCCUUCUUGCUCUUGACAUGUACGAAAGCCAUUUCACCAUAUUGGGUGAAACACAACUCAUCGACAAACUCCGGGAACGUCUCGAGAACAAGAGGUACCUCAUUGUAAUUGAUGAUAUAUGGGAUGAAAAACUGUGGACAAUUAUCAACUGGGCCUUCUCUAAAAACAACAUUUUUGGAAGUCGGCUAAUCACGACAACUCGUAUAGUCAAUGUAUCUAAAUUAUGCUGCUCAUCUACUAAUGAUUCAGUCUAUCAAAUGGAACCUCUUAGUGAUGAUGAUUCCAAAAGGUUGUUCUAUAAAAGAAUAUUUUCUCAAGAGAGUGGAUGUCCUCGUGAAUUAGAAGAAGUGUCCACAUGCAUAUUGAAGAAAUGUGGUGGAGUGUCAUUAGCCAUAAUUACUAUAGCUAGUCUUUUGGCUAGUGAUCAACAUCUAAAACUAGAGGAUGAGUGGCACAUUUUGCUAGAGUCUAUUGGCCGUGGACUUACCAAAGACCACGGUGUAGAGGAGAUGAUGAGGAUACUAUCAUUUAGCUAUUAUGACUUGCCUUCCCAUCUAAGAACAUGUUUGUUAUAUCUAAGCAUGUUUCCAGAAGAUCGUGAGAUUAUGAAAGAUCAAUUGAUAUGGAUGUGGAUUGCUGAAAGUUUUGUCCAAUGUGAAAAAGCAAAACUAGUCUCUUUGAGAUCGGAGAGACUUACUUCAAUGAGUUGGUGA